CUGUACUCCAGUGCCCCACUUACAAGUAGGGAAAAGGAAAGAAGAAAAAAAAUUAAAAAUAAAAAUAAAAAUAAAAAGGACAGCCUGAUGUGUAAGACGGCGCUCUCCGUAAUCGGAGCUAAGAGCAUCCCACCAAGCAAGUAUACUACUAAUCUUCUGACUGUUGUAUAACAUCACCAUACCUAGGCAGGUACAUUAUUAAUUCAACGCACACCUCGCUGCCGGCGCCGCUCAACCCGAUCGUUACGACAGGAUACACAGACACGACUGUGUUCAUCCUGUGCUCCAUCGAUAACCGACAAUCAACAACCGGCUCUGACAGCGCGAAAAAAAAAGAGACAAAAAAAGGACCAUGGCAUCUUCCUUUCCACCGCCACCCGUUGACACCAUUGACUGGGCCAAUGUCGGUUUUCGUGUGCGUGAAGUGAACGGCCACAUUGAGUCGCACUACUCGGUCAAGACGGGCAAAUGGUCGCCUCUCCAGUUCGUCGCGGAUCCCUACAUCCGCAUCCACGGCAUGGCGCCUGCCCUCAACUACGGCCAGCAAGCCUACGAAGGACUCAAGGCCUUUCGCACACCCAGCGGCGAGAUCACCAUCUUCCGCCCGGACCGAAAUGCCGCCCGCAUGCAGCGCUCUGCUGAAUUCAUCUCGUGUCCGACCGUGCCCGAAGACCUGUUCGUAGACGCCGUCAAGGCCGCCGUCUCCCUCAACGCCGAGUUCGUGCCGCCUCACGAGACUGGUGCCGCCAUGUACAUUCGCCCACAGAUUUACGGAUCCAGCGCUCAGCUAGGCCUGUCCCCGCCGGAAGAGUACAUGUUCUGCGUUUUUGUCAUGCCCACUGGUGUCUACCAUGGCACUCACCUGGUUAAGUGCCUCAUUCUCGACGAGUUCGAUCGCUCCGCGCCCAACGGUACUGGUAGUGCUAAGAUUGGGGGAAACUAUGCACCGGUAUUGAGGUGGAGUGACAAAGCAAGAGCCGAAGGUUUUGGCAUUACGCUGCAUCUUGACAGCGCCACGCGCUCCGAGAUUGACGAAUUUAGCACAAGUGGGUUUAUUGGAGCUAAGGUGGAGGGUGACGAUGUAACGCUGGUGGUACCUAACUCCAAGAAUGUCAUCAUGAGUGUAACAGUCGAAAGCAUAGUAGAUAUUGGACGAAGCUUCGGCUGGAAGGUCGAAAACAGACCUGUUUCUUUCUCAGAACUUCCCACCUUCACCGAAGUCAUGGCAGCUGGCACAGCAGCAGCCCUCGUACCGAUUCGGUCAAUCACCCGUCGCGAAUCCCCGUCAUCGCCAAAGUCCAUUACCUCAGCAAUUGGAAAGCACGAGAGAUUAUCGUCGGAUCAGGACUCUGAAAAGGUCACCUACGCGCCAGAUACGCAAGAUGCAGAAGACAUCGGCCCCAUCUGCACGAAGCUCCUGUCUCAAUUGAGGGCUAUACAGCUUGGGAAAGUCUCAGACGAGCAGAACUGGUGUACUCGCGUCACUCUAGAAGACGGAAAGAAGGUAGCAACGCGGGACACGACAAAUGGCACCGGGAAUUAACCAGACUAUGCAGAUAUCAGAGAAUUAUGGUGGUUGUUGUCGUCGUCGUCGUCGUCGUCGUCGUUAGGCAUCCGUAAGGUUUAGACAAGAGACUAUGUAAUCUAUAUUUGGCCUUGGAUAGACAAGAUGGCAAGACAAAAUAGCGAACUGUAUGGGUAUACGAUUCCAGGAUUACUUCCCAUUAGCAGGCAGCAUAAUUGAAAAUCUAGAUAUGCAUUAGUAGCUUUUGUGUAGCACACAAGCCCCCUCCCUACCUUUUAAUGUCCCUUUGCCUCGGCCAAAAACAGAAGGGUUGCAAAGUGUUUCCAAAUACGCCCAUGUACCAGCUAUACAUCGAAACGGAAUUGAAUUUUGUUUGAC